CGCUAGCGCCGUUGCGACACAGUAGCGUGACAAGUCAUGUCAUUUUUGCCCAUGAUAUAUGAAAAAAUCCAAUGGCAGAUUCUUUUUUCGGGUUCGAUACUUCGUUGUCGAACUUAAACGAUGAUGAUUGUGCAGAGCCGUCGGAGGAGGAGUAUGAUGCCCUCAACAAUGAGACCUUUGGGCAGGACUCGGACGAUUUCGACUGGGAGGUGGAACAUGAGCAUCUCGCGGAACAGUUGGAGAGCAGCCGCCGUCAGAAUGCAAUGGACGAAGCGGACUCUAGGCUUGAGGCAUCGCUAUCUCAGUUAGUCCUUGACGAGAAUGAGCCGCAACCGCGCGGUUCUCUAAGUUCCAACGUAUGGAGACAUGACUUAUUUCCACCACCACCUGCUCCGGCACCACAACUCAAAAAUGUGUGUACAGUGGAAGAACUGGAAAGGCAACUGCGGCAAAACCAACCGCCGCAGAACUAUAACCAGUCUUAUUUUCAGCCAAGAUUUCCCGUCAUUCUACAAAGGCCGCCAGGUCUUCAAGCGCCCGUUUCGCUACCAUUCGCGCCUCAACAACCCAUGGCGCAUAACAUGAACCAAAUGAACCAACCUGUUAAUAAAAUAAUUGGUCAAAACCAGAUGGGUCAAAGUCAAAUAGGUCAAAACCAGAUGGGUCAAAACCAAAUGGUCCCAAACCACAUGCAGAGUAUGAAUCAAAUUGGCCAGAACAUGAAUCAAAUGGCACAAAUGAAUCAAUACAUGCAGAACAAUCAAAUGAAUCAGUUCCAGAACAAUCAAAUGGGACAAAACAUGAUGCAAAUGAAUCAAAUGGGACAGAACGUGCAUCAAAUGAAUCAGAACCAGUUAUUUCAGAACCAAUUGAAUCAAAAUCAAAUGCCGCAGAAUCAGAUGGGUCCAAAUGUUAACCAGAUGGGUCAGAAUAUGAGUCAAAUGGGUCAGAAUAUUAAUCAAAUGGGACAAAAUAUGAAUCAGAUGGGACAAAGCGUCAAUCAAAUGAGUCAAAACGCCAAUCAAAUGGGUCAAAACGUUCCAAUCGGUCCAAAUGUCAACCAGAUGAAUCAAAAUAUGAAUCAAAUGGGUCAAAACAUGAAUCAGAUGGGUCAAAACGUGAACCAGAUGGGUCAAAACGUGAACCAGAUGGGUCAAAAUAUGAACCAAAUGGGUCAAAAUCAAAUGAUGUCUAAUGGUAAUUUUGGUCAAAAUCAAUAUCAGCACAUGGGAAUGGCUCAGCCAAGAAUGAUGGCACCUCCGCCUGGUAUGGGAAUGCCAAGACAGAACUUUAAUCAGGGUGUAAACCAGUAUAAUCCGAAUUUUCGUCCAACCAUCCCAGCUAAGAACGAACCAAUCAAUCAACCAGUGAACCAUGCAAAGAACCAACCGACCAAUCAAGUGAAACAAUCAACUAAUCAACCGAAUCCGAUCACGUCGCCCGUCAAAAAGAGAAUGGAGCCGAAAAUAAAGAGCCGAGUGUACAAUAAUUCGCAAAAUAAACCGCUAACUUCGCAGAAUUUGGUUCAAAUGAUACAAAACACGCAUCCAAUGUUGAUGUAUAACAGUUAUUAUAACGCAAGCCAGCAUCCCAUGUUAGCGAGGAAUUUUAACAAUCAAAUUGUGCAUCCUAUGUUGAGCGGGCAACGGAAUAAUGGCUUUGGGAAUACUUUGAGUCGAAACUCAAACGACGACAGCAGCACAGCAAGCGAGUCAGACGACUAUGCUGGUCUGAUGACACAAAGGGAGAAACAAUGGCUGAUCAAUAUACAGAUGCUGCAAUUGAAUACAGGAACACCGUAUAUACACGACUUCUAUUAUACUGUAUUUCUCGAAAGGCAAGCGAACAAAGAAAAAGCGGGGAUCAAAGAGGCGCAUAAAGCAAAUCAACAGAACCAUCCCUUCUACAGUGGUGGCGUAAAACAAGAGGACACGCACAGACACGCGCGCGAACGUCACAAUUCGCAUCGACACAACUCUACAAGCGAAGAUCCGCCUAGGACAUAUGUUCCGACGCAGUUUGAGAACUCGCUGGGGAAAUUACAGUGCGGUAGUGUAACAGCGCCCCGUAAGAUCAUAGACGUGGAGGUAGUGGGUUCGGAACCGCCCGCUUCGAGAUUGUCAAGAGCGCCCAGUGUUGCCAGCACUACGCAUCCCGCUGAGGUGCCCCGAGAAAUGAGACGAACUAAACAGCUUUUGCUCGACAUUGAAGCCCUAUACCUUAUUCUGCUAAGAUUGGAGGAACUUAACGAUCCUUUGGCUAUAUCUAACGCACUUAUACUUAAGGAAAGAGAGGAAAAACAGAAGCAACUAGAAGCAGCUCAAAAAGAAGCCGAGAGUCAAGAGGACGAGUCCAAUGUGUUCUUGAAGAACAUUGAAUCCGUGCAGCGGAGGCCCAAACAGGAUAGCCCCAAAAGUGACUGCGUUGAUAAGAGACAGGUGGUGAAUCUAGCGAUAAAUCAAAAACCUGUGCCCGUUAAGAACCUUCUAGAUGAAGACAAAGAUGAUUUACUAAAUAAGAUGUUCGCUGGCCUCCUCUACGGGGAUAGAUUGCAGCAAAUGUUGUCUGUUAGGAAAGGACGGACUCUCAUCACGCGUUUCCUACGCCGAGCGCCGCCAACACACACGCGUGUGCGUGCGCUGUGGGCGCGCCUGCUGAGAGCGCUCGGCAAUGUGAGACGGGAGCUUGGAUUGCAUGUACUGGCGCCGUAUUAUCGCAAAUACAUACAAAACAGCACGGGCUGGUCGGCCGUGUUGGAGUCGUGCGGUAUACUCGGCGAAGCCCUGGACCCGGCCAGGACUCCGUAUGCGCUCACUAAUGGGUUAACACUAAGCUGCGUGUGCGCACUAGCGGAAAAAGCGAUGCUUCUCUCCAACACACCUGAAGCAACAUCCAGCGAACGGCAAUGGUUUAAAUUCCUAAAAACAGUCGCUAGAGCUUUAAAAAAUACAUCUUUAAACGUAGCGAAACCCGCGUCGCCAUUAUCCGAAGUCAAAUUGUUACAUCACAUAAAACAACUCGAGUCUAGGAGUACUAUAGAGAUAUUGCAGAGGGGAAAACGGGCGUCUGACUUCGCGGAUUUGGCGAAAGGGGAAGUCGCGGAACUGUUGGUCAAGUAUUUGUGUUGAGGAUGUGUGGGGAUGGUCGUGUUGGUCAUGGUGGUCAAGAGGAUGGUCAUGUUGGUCAAGAGGAUGGUCAUGUUGGUAUAUACUCUACUAUAGAGGAUGGUCGCGUGGGAAUUGUUGGUCAAGGGGAUGGUCAUCCUGGUCUUGAGGAUGGUUAUGUUGGUGACGAAGAUAAUCAAUGUUAAAAAUUGUGUUUAAUUUUUAUAUAAUUACUGAUUUCAUUCACAAGAGAAUGUUGCAUUUUAUUUAUUUAAUUUUAACUUUAAUAAAAUAGUAGAAUAAUAAUAAGAAAUAAUAUAAAAUCUGAUAUUUAAUACAAAAAAACAAAGAUUCCAAUUCUUGAGUCAAUAUAAAAUAAUUUAUAAUAUGUCUUCAAUGUAUCACACAUUUAAUGCAAACAUUUGUCCUACUUUGGCCAAAAUGUACCAAUCACGACCAACACCAAUCCAUCCAAAUCAACAUCAAUCAUUUCGCCAAUGUAUGGCCAAUUCUCUGCAAACAACACAAUAUUAUAAUGUAAAAUAUAUGUAGAUAAUAUAUAUUUUAGAUAUAUAACAAUUAUUUGUAAUUACUGCAUUGUACAUAACGUUUGAAACACAAAUAAUAUUAUAAAAAUGCAAUUUUUCGUCUAAUUUUUAUGCUAUUUACUGUUGUAUUAGUAAAUUUGAUAAAUUAAAAAAAAUACUAAUACGACAAGCGUCUAAGUAAAUUAGUUAUGAUUCUUUUUAAUUACAGAUUCUCAUGAAUUUAUUAGUUUUUUUUUAACGAAAUGACUAGGCGUUUAGUUGGAUACUGAUAAUAUUUUGAAUAUAAUUAUUUUUCCCUGUAUGUUUAAUAGUUAUUAUUUACAAGAAGUGGGAUUGAGUUGAGAUUAGCACAAUAUUUUUUUUUCGUAAAAUAAUUUAAAAAAAUUUAAAAUUAUAAUUCGUUUUUUUUAUUGGUGAAAACUUGUAGAUAAUUUUUUUUCGUUAUAUUUCGGUGGUAGUAAAGUAAAUAUAUUAAGGAAUUAAUAAAAGUUCAAUUUGACGAAGAUAUUGUCAAAUAAUAUUUAUUUUUAAUAACGUAUAGGGAAAAAGUAUAUAGAAAAAACAUUCUCAAUAUGUCUGUCUCUUUCUGCCAUUCAGAAAUACAAUACGUUAGAGUGAGAGAGAUAGCUACGUAAUAUGUAUGGAAAUAAAUGUAUCUUAUAUAUAAAAAUGAUGGUAAGCGCAUAACUCGGGAACGGCUGAACCGAUUUCGAUAAUUCUUUUUUUAUUAUAUUCCUUGAAGUACCAGGAUGGUUCUUAUGAAACGUAAACAUGUACCACGGGCGAAGCCGGGGCGGACCGCUAGUUAUUAAAUAAAGAUUUUUCUCAAUAAAAUCGUGAAUAAAAUACUCGCAUUUAGUAUCGAUAAAACAUUAGUAUACGUAAUAAAUAUUUUUCUAGAUACUGGUCGUUUGUAUAAGAAAAAUAAUGUAUAUACUAAUAAUGUAAUAAUAAAUAUAACUAUUAAAUAAUAAAUUAA